CUGUUGCCAUGACAAGCAUUUUCUUAAGGCAGCUCCGCUGUUGAGACCGUCCUAGGCUGGGGGUGGGGUGGGGGCACGAACUUCCUGGGGGACCAUCCCUCCGAAGACGGCGAGGUCGGACACCCGCCCAGCUCCCUGCACCCAUUUUCUUCCAGGAAGGUCCUUCGCGUGGAAGGGCUGGGGAAGAAGACCCUGCCCACUCCCCCAGCUGUAGCUCCAAGCUGUAGCUCCAAGCCGGCAUCACUAGGUGGUUUGCCACUCUGGGGAGAGCGGUGGGUGGUCACCCCACCCUCCUCGGUCCAUGGAAACGCGGAGGGAGAGUCCCGCUUGGAGACACCUGAAUCUUUGCUAGAAAGAGAGAGACCUAGCUGUCGUCGUCGUUAUCCAGGGAGCCCUCCUCUUUCUCCUGAUGACGGGGCUCUACCAUCGCAGUUGCUGGUUGUUGCUAAGAUUGCCUCCAUGGUAACAUGCUUAUCCUGUUUACGCUUCUAUGUGGACAAGUAGUCUAAGCUAGGAACCUGCCUGCUCUGGAUGACUAUUUCCAUCGCCACACAGAGGACACCAAUCAGCGUGACGCCAAGUCCGUCUUCUACUAAGUUCCCCCAACCUCUUCCUCCUCUCACUACUAGACUUGAUACAGAAGAAAAGAUCUAGGCUUGGUGUUGCUACUCUGAAGCUUAUUGCACAAGAUAUUGUCAAUUUAUCCCCUAACCGGGCCCCCAGAGAAGGAAGAAGUGAGAAGAAACGGAAGAGAAGGCAAGAGACACAGAUCAGUUGGAGGGAAACUCGACAUCUUCUCUGCUUGAGGGUUCUGGUAACCGCAGGCAAGAUGACGAGCUCAUCAGCACAUAGCUUGCCGGGCAACUCAAUAGCUGAGGACUAUGAAGGGGAGUUCGGCUGCACAUUAAUGGACCUGAGAAAGCUCAUGGAGCUUCGUGCGGCCGAUGCGGUCACCCAGAUCAGUGCCCACUACGGAGGUGUACAGAAUAUCUGCGACAGACUGAAAACCUCCCCUGUAGAAGGUUUAUCUGGGAACCCUACAGAUCUGGAGAAGCGUAGACUUGUUUUUGGACAGAAUGUGAUACCUCCGAAAAAGCCCAAGACUUUCUUAGAAUUAGUGUGGGAAGCCCUGCAGGAUGUCACGCUCAUCAUCCUGGAGAUUGCAGCCAUCAUCUCCCUGGUCCUGUCCUUCUAUCGACCCCCUGGCGGAGACAAUGAAGUCUGUGGUCAGACUACAAGUGGCCCAGAGGAAGAUGAGGAAGCAGAAACCGGCUGGAUUGAGGGGGCAGCCAUCCUUACCUCGGUGAUCAUUGUGGUGUUGGUGACAGCCUUCAAUGACUGGAGCAAAGAGAAGCAGUUCCGGGGGCUGCAGAGUCGCAUUGAACUCGAGCAAAAAUUCUGCAUUAUCCGGAAUGGUCAGCUCAUCCAGCUCCCAGUGGCUGAGAUUGUGGUGGGAGAUAUUGCCCAGAUCAAAUACGGUGACCUCCUCCCUGCAGACGGAAUCCUAAUCCAGGGGAAUGACCUGAAGAUCGAUGAGAGCUCUCUGACGGGAGAGUCAGAUCAUGUCAAGAAGUCUCUGGACAAAGAUCCCAUGUUGCUCUCAGGGACUCACGUGAUGGAAGGUUCUGGCCGGAUGGUAGUGACUGCUGUGGGGAUCAACUCUCAGACCGGAAUCAUCUUCACCCUCUUAGGGGCCAGUGAGGAAGAUGAGGAGGAAAAGAAGAAGAAAAGUAAAAAACAAGGAGUCUCUGAAAAUCGCAACAAAGCAAAGACCCAAGAUGGAGUGGCCUUGGAAAUCCAGCCUCUCAACAGCCAGGAGGGUAUCGACAGUGAGGAGAAGGAGAAGAAAGUAAGCAAGAUGCCCAAGAAGGAGAAGUCUGUGCUGCAGGGCAAGCUCACGCGCCUGGCUGUGCAGAUCGGGAAGGCGGGUCUGAUCAUGUCUGCUCUCACAGUGGUCAUCUUGAUUCUAUACUUUGUGGUUGAAAAUUUCGUGAUACAGCGCAGAUCGUGGCUCCCUGAGUGUACCCCGGUCUACAUCCAGUAUUUCGUCAAGUUCUUCAUCAUUGGCGUCACGGUAUUGGUAGUGGCUGUGCCAGAGGGGCUGCCACUGGCUGUCACCAUCUCACUGGCCUACUCUGUCAAGAAAAUGAUGAAGGACAACAACUUGGUACGGCACUUGGAUGCUUGUGAGACCAUGGGCAACGCCACAGCCAUUUGCUCUGAUAAGACAGGGACACUGACCAUGAACCGCAUGACAGUGGUGCAAGCUUUCGUUGGGGGCACUCAUUACCGCCAGGUCCCCAGCCCUGACGUCUUCCCGCCCAAGGUCCUGGAGCUCAUAGUCAAUGGCAUUUCCAUCAACAGUGCUUAUACUUCUAAGAUUCUGCCUCCAGAAAAGGAGGGAGGCCUACCUCGGCAGGUAGGCAACAAGACAGAGUGUGCCCUGCUGGGCUUUGUCACAGAUCUGAAGCAGGAUUACCAAGCAGUUCGCAAUGAAGUGCCCGAGGAGAAGCUCUUCAAAGUGUACACCUUCAACUCAGUGCGCAAGUCCAUGAGCACCGUCAUCCGGAAGCCUGGAGGGGGCUUCCGCAUGUUCAGCAAGGGCGCCUCUGAGAUAAUGCUGCGCAGGUGUAAUCAAAUCCUGGACAAGGGAGGAGAAUGCGUGCAGUUCAAAAAUAAGGACCGAGACGACAUGGUACGCAAUGUCAUUGAGCCCAUGGCCAGCGAAGGACUGCGGACCAUCUGCAUAGCUUACCGGGACUUUGACGGACCAGAGCCCAUAUGGGACAACGAGAAUGAAGUCCUUGCUGAGCUGACCUGCAUUGCAGUGGUGGGCAUUGAAGACCCCGUGCGCCCGGAGGUCCCUAACGCAAUUGCCAAGUGCAAGCGGGCUGGCAUUACUGUCAGAAUGGUGACAGGCGACAACGUCAACACAGCACGAGCCAUCGCCACCAAAUGUGGCAUUCUGACCCCCGGAGACGACUUCCUGUGCUUAGAGGGCAAAGAGUUCAACAGGCUCAUCCGCAACGAGAAGGGCGAGGUGGAACAAGAGAAGCUGGACAAGAUCUGGCCCAAGCUUCGGGUGCUGGCACGAUCUUCUCCCACGGACAAGCACACACUGGUGAAAGGUAUCAUUGACAGCACUGUUGGGGAACAGCGACAGGUGGUGGCUGUCACCGGUGACGGGACAAAUGAUGGACCUGCCCUAAAGAAAGCAGAUGUUGGUUUUGCCAUGGGUAUUGCAGGCACAGAUGUGGCGAAGGAGGCGUCAGACAUCAUCCUGACCGAUGACAACUUCACCAGCAUUGUGAAGGCGGUGAUGUGGGGCCGGAACGUGUACGACAGCAUUUCCAAGUUCCUGCAGUUCCAGCUCACCGUCAAUGUGGUGGCCGUGAUCGUGGCUUUCACUGGAGCCUGUAUCACUCAGGAUUCUCCACUGAAAGCAGUGCAGAUGUUGUGGGUUAACCUGAUCAUGGACACGUUUGCUUCGCUGGCCCUGGCCACAGAGCCCCCUACCGAUUCUCUGUUGAGGCGUCGCCCCUACGGGCGAAACAAGCCUCUGAUCUCACGGACCAUGAUGAAGAACAUCUUGGGCCACGCGGUGUAUCAGCUCACGGUCGUCUUUGUCCUUGUCUUUGCCGGUGAGCGAAUGUUCGACAUUGACAGCGGGAGGAAGGCCCCCCUCCACUCGCCUCCCAGCCAGCACUACACCAUCGUCUUCAACACCUUCGUCCUGAUGCAGCUUUUCAACGAAAUCAACUCCCGGAAGAUACACGGCGAGAAGAACGUCUUUGCGGGCAUCUACCACAACGUCAUUUUCUGCUCCGUAGUUUUGGGCACAUUCUUCUGCCAGAUUUUAAUCGUGGAAUUUGGGGGGAAGCCCUUCAGCUGUACACGCCUCAACCUGGAGCAGUGGUUGUGGUGUCUCUUCAUAGGGAUUGGAGAACUUCUGUGGGGCCAGAUCAUCUCUGCAAUACCGACCCAGUCUCUGAAGUUCCUCAAGGAGGCUGGGCAUGGCUCUGCCAAGGAGGAGAUCACCAAGGACGCCGAGGGAAUGGAUGAGAUUGAUCUUGCUGAGAUGGAGCUGCGCAGAGGCCAGAUCCUCUGGUUCCGUGGCCUGAACCGGAUUCAGACUCAGAUUGAAGUAAUUAACACAUUCCAGACGGGAGCCUCUUUUAAGGGAGUCCUAAAGCGACAGAACAUGAACCAACAGCUUGAUGUAAAGCUGGUUCCUAGCUCCUAUUCCAUCAAAGUGGUCAAAGUGUUCCAUAAUUUCCAACAAGUCGUCCAUAAACCCAGGAACCAACACUCCAUCCACAACUUCAUGAACCACCCUGAAUACAACGUAGACGAUGAAUUUCCGAAGUCAUCCCAGGAUGAUCAGGAGGAAGAUUCCGGACCGGGUCCUAAAUCGGGGACUGGGGUGCUCCUGUUGGAUGGUGAGGCCACUCCACAUGACAACAAAAACAACAAUGCCGUGGACUGCAACCAAGUGCAAAUCGUCGCCUCCCAUUCCGACAGCCCGCUGCAAAGCCUGGAGACAUCAGUUUGAACGUCCAUUCUCUGACUCCCGUCCCUGCUUUCCCUGUUUCUUUUAUCAUCUAUCCCGUCUAUAAGGUGACGAUGGGACUUGUCACUGUUGUGUCAGCUGCUCCUAAGUGUGUGAGAACCCCUACGUUGGCCGUGAAGAAACCAGAGCACAGGCCUACAAGGAUUCGGCCAAACCCUGGGCAGGUAAUGGUAGCUCUACUCCUCAAGUGUAUCAGUUGUCGUCUUUAAGGAAAUGAUGACAAUCCUCCUGGCAUCACCCAACCCAAGGUCUCCACAGCAUUCCCGCAGGUGUCACCGCCUCCUGACUUGGAGACUUUAUGAGUUUCUGCCAUUGACAAGCUGAGUUGUAGGCUCAGGGAGAGACAAAUACCCUGUGUUUGUGUUUCAGUAGACUGAUUACUCUUAGAACAUUUUUCCUAUUCUGAAAAUGUCCACCCUAAGGCCUCUAGCUCUUCCUGCUCUUCAGUCUGACCUCUCCAAGGUUCUUUGGUUCUUAUGUGACCCUUCUCAUCCUUCCUCUUAACUCUUUAUUUUUUUUUUUCCUAAGUUGUGGUAAUUAAGAGAAUGGAAAGGACAUGGACAAGCUGAGUCAACUUUGGCCCCUUCUGGCCCCCGUAGAACCUUUCAUUUUGUUCUAGAGGCAGGCAGAUUUCUUUGCUAAAAUGGUCUUUUUGGAGCAAAUGAGCUAGUGAAAUAUUUCUCUAUUUCCACCAGGUCAGCUCCAACUUCUGAAUGUCCAUUGGUCUUCUUGAGUAUGUCGGGGUUUUUAAGUGCCAGGGAAAUCAGCCAUGACCAUGAAGCUUUCAUAUGUAUAAUAUGUAGUUUUUAACCACAGGCUUGAGCUUCCUCCUUGCCUAAGGUGGUAGCAAAAGAAUGAAUGGGGCAUGACCCUGCCUCCUAGCUGGAUGAGGAGUUUCAGGACCAACAUGGGGCAGGCGUAGGACCAGAAAUCACUGAAGCAGACUAUUUUCAAGGGUAUUUGCCAAGACUCUCCCAGGGCAGGAGCUGAUGGAUAGGGGAAUGGGUGUUCAGAAGCCUUGGGAGGGGCUAGAGAACCAAUCCCUAGGGAUCUGAGAAACCUCCCCUCAGGCUAGGCGCCUGAGUACCAGCUUUGACAUCCUCUUUGCUUUUCUAAUUCUAUGCUUUGUUGUGUCCCACAACAUUUUCUGCCUCUCAGGAGGUCCCCAACUCUUGCAAAUAUUUCAAUGUUGAAAAUACACACCGGAAAGAGGAGGCUCCCUGACAGGGUUCUGAUUCAAGGAGCAAAAGGCCCUUCCCCGGAAAGCUCCCUGCCUCCUCUCUCCUCGCUUCACACACACGCUCUCCCAGCCGUCAGCAGUGUCUCCACUGCUACCCAGGAAAGCCCGUGCCUUUUCACCCCCAACACUGCCCAAAGCAUCCUCUGCCCACCCGCCUCUCGGGAGUUGGGAACUUCACCGAAAGGGACUUCGCCUUACUGGGAUGAGGUGGAGGCACGUUCCCAGGUGCUCCAUCUCUACCCCUGCUAUGCUGAUCUAAGCAUGUUUGUGCAGGUGGACCAAACUGAUGUCCCCAAGUCCCAUCUCCCGUGAGUUCAGUGAAGCCUGCCUCCCAAGGCUCAUGAGAGCUGCCAGGGUUCCACUUGGGAGAGAAAGACAAGAUGAACUUGUCCCCUCCUAGCCUUUCUUCUAGAGAUCUUCCUCCACCCAAGCUGCCAAGAUAGGAUGAGUAAAGGAACAAUCCCCAGUCCGCACCCGUUACAGCCUGCUCCAUCAUUACAGGAAGUAGCGAGAAGGCUUUGAUUUUGAGUUUUGCAAAGCUUACACACUUGAGCAAUCUUUCCUCGUGGCGAAAAAACAGCUCACUGGAGUUGUUAAUUAUUCACACACACACACACACACACACAAAGUACAUUCAAAGAUUGAUUCUGUCAACUCUUUUAUUACCUCAGAUCAUUUUUCAAAGCAAGCCAAUAACAAGCUUCGAAGGCCAUUUACCAUCCUUGCUCCCAAGAGACUUUUGUGGUGCCUGGAAGGUUAUUCUUGAGGGCUUUAUGUCUACUUUUUCAAAGUCAAUAGUUUGUGUGUGUGUAUGUGUGUGUGUGCGCGCGCGUGCGCCUGUGUAUGUGUGUGUUCCAGUUUCCAUAGUAAGAGAGAAAAUAUAGAAAUAUUAUGCAAAAAAACAUAGUUUUCUUUAGAUCAGAAACUAAUAUUUUUGAGUCAGCCAUAUAUAUAUAUAUUGUUUGAAGAACUUCAAAUAAAAUGCCGUCACAGAGCACCAUAGAGGGAGCACUCAGCCAGCUGUUUGGCAUGACAGGUGGCUCAGUAUAUUUGUAAUUGGUUUUAAAAAUAUAUAUAUAAUAUACCAUACUUCCUUUCUCCAAACAGCCAUCUUUAUAUUUAGGGAAAAAUAAUUGUUGGGUUCUAGACUUUUUUAAUAUAUAUUUUGUUGAAAUGGAAUUGAGUAAGUUCAAGUGUUUCUGUGCAUAUGUUUUUCCUAUUCAGUUUCAGUGAUCCAGGUGGCAGUGAGUAAAUAUGACAGAAGUUGAUAACAGAUUCCCCUAAAUGGUGCUUCGGAUCUGAGAGAGGUCUGAUGGGGAGAAAGAGAAACUACCCUAGAGCCCUGUUUUGAUAACCCUGCAGGUAGUGAGGGAAACCCCAGGAAAGAGGCUUCCCCUCUGUCAGGACGUGGAUGUACGCUGCCGAGGAGGAGCGCCAGGCUUGUUGGUAACCAGGGCCGCGGGCCAGCUGGGCUUGUUGAUGAGGCGUUAGCUGGCAAGCAGUGACAGUGGCAGUCUCUCCUGGUAGGCAAGGGAACUGUGACAUAGGGGGACUUGCAUUUCUUUACGCUUCUUUCACUUCCCCUUCCCCCUAGAGUGACCCCAUUAGUGAGUCUUUGUGCAUGAAUCUGCGUAGUGGCACCUUCCUCUUUUGUAUGACACAGCAGAUGGGAGACUGAGCUCCAAAUGGAAAAGAUAAAUACAGCAAUGGUUGCUUCCAGUCUGACAGUCUGAGGACGAGGUCCCUCUCAACAGUCCUUCACUGUCCUCUAGAGUGCUUUUCCCAUCCCAAAGGAUGUAAGAGAGACCAGCUAGACCCCCCUCUGGGCCUUUGUGGAAUUCCUCAGGUUUGGAUUUAUAUUUUUUUUCCUUCAAGCUUUAGGGGACAGUUGCACAGAACAAUCAGAGUGAUUACCUCACUGCCGAAAACCCAGAGGGGCACGCGUGCUUGAGUGUGCCUGACUCCUCUCCUGCGUCCCUCCCUUCCUCCCAUCCCUUGCCUUACAGUUAAAGCGACCUGCGACCUGCGGUACCAUCCCAGUCUGCGCACUCAGCCACCUUUGCGUCUCGGGCCGCCCCAUGCCACUGGUGGGCGUGCGCACUUACAAUGCCUGCUCUUCUAAAGCCAUCCCAGCCUCUUCCUCAGUAGACCGCAUACCCUCCCUCCCUCCCUCCCUGCCAUUCAGCUCAGAGCCAGAACUUUUGCCUUCCCAGCUCUGCAGUGAGGCCUGCUGUCCCCUUUCUUCUUCCUGGGAGAGGUGAAGGGAGGUGAGCUCCCUGCCACCCAGUCGGCCUUUGGUUCGUGUUUUCUCCCCAUGUGUAUAUAUGCCAUAUGUAAAUAUGCCAUAUAUAUGUGCCAACAAGUUGAUCUAUGCCAUCUUUUCUAAUCGGCAUGCAGAUAGGAAUUUUGAGUUUCUUCGCAGUAACUAGUAUAAUGAGCACUGGUUAUUUUUGUACAAAAGAAAAAGAAAAAAACAAACAAACAGAAAACUGACUGUUGUAGUCUGCAUGACAGACAUGAUGAUAUCAAAGCAAUGUAUAUCCUAGUGUGUAUUGCCAUAGUUUGCAGUUCAGCUUAACAGUGCACCCCAUCUGUAUUUGCAUUUGAUAUUAUUUAAGCUCUAUGUAUAAUGUUUCGCAUGUAUUUAUAUGGUUCUUGUGGGGGAUGCUAUAAACUGACAAAUCUGUAAUGCAAAUGUGUCAUCCCACUGAUACGGGAAGAAGAGUUUGGAAAGGGGUCAUUUGUUGGAACCAAUAAAGCUUUUUGCUGAUGAGCAGAAACCAAUGCCAUGCACUGAGAAUAAAAACCCAUGCCCACUUGUAA